AUGAGGCGCACCCUGCGCCCGCCCAAGUGCCUCAACUUCCAGCGCGGCCGCGGCAGGAACCUCACCACCCUCGUCGCAUUCUGCCUCGUCUUCGCCUUCCUGUACGUCGCCAGCAGCAUCAAUUGGGGCAACAUCACCCAGGAGCACCCCCCGCAGCUGCCCCUGGCCCGCGUCCCCAAUCCGCACCUCGCCAGGCCGCUGCCACGCGUGCAGCACACCUUUGCUGCCGAGUCGUCCGAUGCCGCACGGCUGCGCGAGUCGAGGAGGACGGUGGUGCGCAACCUGGCCCUGAGGGACUGGACCAGCUAUCGCAAGUAUGCCUGGAGGCAGGAUGCCCUGAUGCCCUUGUCCGCCGCCGGCCGCGACCAGUUCUCGGGCUGGGCUGCCACCCUCGUCGAUUCGCUCGAUACCCUGUGGAUCAUGGGCUUCAGGGACGAGUUUGACGACGCCGUCGCGGCCGUUGCCGAGAUCGACUUUGGCAAAUCGACCUCGGACACGGUCAACAUCUUCGAGACCAACAUCCGCUACCUGGGUGGCCUGCUGGCAGCCUUUGACCUCAGCGGCCGCGAGGUCUUGCUGCACAAGGCCAUCGAGCUCGGCGAUUUGAUCUAUGCCGGCUUCAACACGGAGAACCGGAUGCCCGUCGACAACAUCAACGUAGCCAUGGCCAAGAAGGGAAAGGGGCUCGACAACGACUCCCAGGUCGUCUCAGCCUCUCCUGGCACCCUAACCCUCGAGUUGACGCGGCUGUCGCAGGUGACUGGCGACCACAAGUACUAUGACGCAAUCACGGGCAUCGUCGAGCUUUUCUACCAGGGCCGGAAGCAGACGUCGAUUCCCGGCCUGUUCCCCAUGUACGUGAGCAUGUCUCGCAUGGACGUGACGUCAGGCUUCACCUUUACCCUGGGCGGCUGUGCCGACUCCCUGUACGAGUACUUCCCGAAGAUGUACGCGCUGCUCCGGGGCGCCGAGCCAAAGUUCGAGACCCUCACGAGGGGCUUCAUGGAGGCGGCUAAGAAGCACCUCUUUUUCCGGCCCAUGGUCCCAGAUCUCGACGACAUCCUGAUCAGCGGCACCGUCAACGUGGGCGUCGACGGCACCCUCACCCUGGACCCCCAGAGCGAGCACCUGACGUGCUUCGUCGGCGGCACCUUUGCCCUGGCGGGCCGGCUGCUUGGCAGCGAGGAAGACGUGCAGGUGGGGGCGCGCCUGGCGCGCGGGUGCGCCUACGCGUACCGCGCGUUCCCGACGGGCAUCAUGCCCGAGCGCUUCGACAUGAUGGCCUGCGGCGCUGCCGAGCCGUGCCGCUGGGACGAGGACAAGUGGGUGGCGGCGCGCGACGGCAACGUCGAGUCCAAGCCGCACUUGCCCAAGGGCUUCGUCACGGCCAAAGACCCGCGCUACAUCCUGCGCCCCGAGGCCAUCGAGAGCGUCUUCUACCUGUGGCGCGUCACGGGCGACGCCGAGUGGCAGGACGCCGCCUGGGACAUGUUCCAGGCCGUGGCCGCCGGCACGAGGGGCCCCAUAGCGAGCGCCGCCGUGCGCGACGUCACCGUGGACCUGGAUGAGCUGCCGCAGGAGGACUACAUGGAGAGCUUCUGGCUUGCCGAGACGCUCAAGUACUUUUACCUCGUCUUCUCGCCGCCCGACCUCAUCAGCCUGGACAAGUACGUGCUCAACACAGAGGCGCACCCGUUUUUGCGGGCUUGAAGUAAUCGAGACUGGCGUUGUUGCUCUUGGCUAGAAAACGGCAUUGUGACUAAUUAAAUAUACAUGUAAAUGGCGGCGGCGUUGGGGUUGUUUUUGGCGAGUCCCUGGGAGCGGUUGGUUUAGCUUUGAAUUUAUGGAUCAUGGGCUGGAAGCAGGCGGGCGGGCGGGCAUAGUACAUACAAAGCCACUCUAUUUAUCGAUUUUGCUUUCUUUGCAGCUUCUUGGAGACGUUUCUGUACAUUUUGAAAGCCAGUACAUUUUGGAACCCAGUACAUUUUGGAAGCCACCCGUGUGAGCAUUGGUAGGGGGCACUCGGCAUGUGUUUAUUCAGUGACAUAACUGAGUUGGAAUCAACUUGGAGUUAUCUGCCUUUAAUAAGUAGAACUAAUUACUUUGAACUGACUGGGUUAGUUAAUUAUUACCGGGCUCGAUUUGGGAAAGGAAGUAUUGAUGAGUGGCUGGGAAUAUGUAAUCCG